UGUGUUGUCAUGUGACGUCAUCCUGCUAGAGGACAGGCGUUGUUCUCCGCACAAGAGCUUUGAACCGACUGCUGUCCUUUAGGUCCAAAGCAUGAGACAGUGAUAUCGCAUCAGAACGAUAUUCAUCGGGUAUCACCAUGACGACGCAGCGCUAGUGCUCAGCAUCUGGACCAGCAGCAUCAUCAGCGCGCGCAGGUGCGCUGCAUCCGUCGGGAAGGAUGGAGUUUAAGCAGCUCGUGGACACCGCGGAGAAAUGGUGCUCGGGAAACCCGUUCGACCUGAUCUUCGCCGAGGAUGUGGACGAGAGACGCCUGGACUUCUACGCCGAGCCCGGUAUAUCAUUCUACGUGCUCUGCCCGGACAAUCUUACCGGGGGAACCGAGAAUUUUCACGUGUGGAGUGAGAGUGAAGACUGUCUGCCGUUUCUGCAGCUGGCGCAGGACUACAUCUCCUCCUGUGGGAAAAAAACACUGCUGGAGGUGCUCGACAAAGUCUUCAGAUCCUUCAGACCUCUCCUGGGUCUUCCAGAUAUCGAUGAUGACGCGUUCGAUCAGUAUCAUGCAGACGUGGAAGAAGAACCAGAGCCGGACCACCAGCAGAUGGGUGUGAGCCAGCAAUAAUGUCCAUGAGAAAGACAACACGCUUGGCAUUCACAGUCUCUGUAUCAGUUCUCUUCCUCAACACACACACGCUGUAUCAGAUCACCCUUUAAUAUCUGUUACACCCGCAAAGCAUCACGUUACUUUGAUCUGUAUUACAUUUAACAUUAUUCCAGCAUCUGAUGUGAUAUCAGGAGGUAGCAGAUCAGAAUCCAUGUUGGGAUGGCAUACUUCCGUUAAAAGUGUGUGAAACGUCAAAACGUGUGCAUUGAUAUGCAGUGAUGUGCGAUUUAGCAUCGUUGUCAUAUCACAUAAUUUUAGCGGAAGGCGUCUGGAUCAUCCUCUCAGAAGUCAAUGUUACGGCAUGUUUUAUCCCGUUAUGUGUUGAAAAACCUUUGGCACUCUGAAAUAAUGAAGCAAAAGUUGUGAUAGAUUCCUGAAGCCGCGUCUGCACCGCUGGCCAUUUACCACCGCAGUUUCAAUUAGGAAUUAUAGAAAACAAGACUGGAUCUGAUGGGGAAAGUCGUAUACGAGGGCAUUGUUUUGAGAAAUGCGUUUAUAUAUUGUUCGGAACAUGAAUGUUCGUGAAGAAAGUUAAGGGUCAUCUUUGAUUUUAUUUGAACUCUAAAUCAUUUCACAAUAGUGUUUAUUUAACCCCAGCUGUACUUGAUGAGCUUGUAUUAUAUUGAAAUGAAUCAAUCUACGAUAUCUGCUAUGACAAAUAACCAAAAAUCAAAGUGCAUACGACGUUUUUGUAGAUUGAAUCAGGCAGAUGAGAAGAUAAAGCUGAUUGUGUGGUUGUGUUUUGCCGUGAGUGAAAGCGCUCUUGAUCGAUCUUUGGUCCUCAUUGAUUGUAUUAAUCUACACUAAUCUAAGUUCAGUCCUGAGUUCGGUCAGCUAACUGUAGACAACCGUCGUUAUAUUCAUCUGUUGAAAGAGAGAAGUGCUCUAACAAAAAAUAAACGUUCGACUUGAUCAAGAACCCUUUUCACAGCAUUCGCUUCUUGAGUUGCUUCGUGCUUCUUUGUGGAGACAUUCUUCGGCUCAAUGUUUCCAGUUUCUAGCACAUGGAUGGUUUUCUAAAGAAUUGUAAAACGUUCUUUGUGUAUAAUGAAUAAGAUUGUUUUUGACAUCAGGCUGAAAACCCCUUUUCAGUUCUAACUGGAACUUUGCGCAUUGCCAGAUUCUGAAGGGUCAGUGGGUGUUGUUGAAUCAUUGUGUAGCCCUGCUGGUGGUCUAUGGUGGUCUGUGGCAUGUGUGAAUGAUCUAGUUAUGGUCAUAUGACCUGAUGAGUUGAAAACAUUUGCUGAUCACGACAUGAGAACAGCUGGAUUUACGGUUGCGCUUCAGUAGUGUCUUCCUGCACACGCUCAGUGGAAAGUGAAGCGUACAUCCGUGUGUUAUUGAGAUUAAACCUCCUGACCGUCUCGAUGUACUUAUGUAACUCAGUUAUGUAAACCCUGUGCUGGAUUUGUGGGUUAUUUUGAUUUCAUUUGUUUUCUUGGUCUUCAGUGAUGAUAAUUCAACACGCACUCUUUGUGAAAUUCUACUUUUGCUCAGCCAUGUAGGUUUUGUGUAGCUAAAAUAUUUAUUUACUUAUUUAUUUGUCCUUUGUGUAUGUAAAACUAUUUGUGGACGAUACCUUAGUCACCUUUUUAUCCAAGAAUUAAAAAGAAUGUUAAAACCUUAUAAAAUGUGGUCAUUGGAAAUAUUGUUCUGGAGUUUAGAUGAAUAUUAAACAGCCUGUUGUCUAGAAACAUUAAAGAUUCAACCUGAAGUCAACAUGUUUGGAUCAGCAUGUACUGUAAACCCUAAAAUUCAGCGAUUAAAUUUGAACCUUAUAACCGCA